AUGUACACGAUAGUGCUACUGGUUGUCUUCCUCCGCCUUUGCCCGAAAAUCAAUGGUCAGGUGACUGGCCGCCCUGAGAACCGUGUACCUGGCACAAGUCCCGCCCCAGCGAACCCACCGUUACCGGAUCAAGACAACGCAGCCUUGAUACAGGCCACCCUCAGGCGUUUUCCCAGGGCAAUUAGCCCUCAUGCGGAACUGCCAACUUAUUCAGAAUCCGACACCCCGAGCAAGAAAUUUCGCAUUUAUCACACAUGUCUCCGAGAAAAGAACUCACACGGACGAGAAAUACCCCGGGCUGCCAAACUUAGACAAGAGGGACAGGAAGUGGAACUCUCCUGUAACGUAUGUUUGCGUCCAGACCAUGACCCCAGCCGAUACGGAAUAGAAUGGCGGCGUUUCCAGCAGCGCGUUGGAGAGGAAGCGGAAGUGCCACAGGACCCCCGACGAUUUACUGUCACCAACAGUAAAUCCCUGAUCAUUAAGAACAUCGACGUGAUGGACGCUGGUCAGUACGCAUGUCUACUGGAUGGCCAACCACAAAUCAUCUACCAGGUUGAUGUUCUGUUCAACGAAAAGAGGCGUGUUGUCUAUGAGAAUGACCCCGAGUCUACGGUAGAGCCUGAGGUCCAUCUGUCUGACUACAACCUGUGCGUGGUUACCACGUGGUCAUCCUGGAGCACGUGCAGCAAGUGUGGCGAAGAGGGAUUACGUCGCAUGAUUGGUCUGUGUACAAUCAAGAAAAUUGUUCUAUCCGAUCCCGUCAGCCCGGUGGAUAUCCCCAGCAUGGCGCACUACCCUGAGGGCGUCCCAUGUCGCUCUACCUUACUGCCGCGUUCCGUGGCUAAAAUUCCUUACAUCCGCGACCGCGAAAGCGAGACCCUGAUGGGACCAUGUUUGGUGCCCUGCCCCACCGUGGCAGAGGUCAUUCAAGUCACCGAUGAGUAUGGCAAGGUUCUGAAAGAGGUGGAAGUCCAGUACUACUCCAUAAACGAGGUGCCCAAAGUUCCUCAUACACCCAAACGGGACGUCAUGUACAAGGAUGCCGGGAAACGCCUUAUCUUGAAAUGCCCUACCGAAAGCCAUAAGAAGAAAAAGGAAGAGAUGAUUCGUUGGCAGAAUGGCACAGUGUUGAUCAACCCGCUGACGAUCAGACGUGCCACACUGGGCAGGGUAAGGAUUGAUCAUCUGUACAGACUGCUGAUCCGCAGGCUCAAAAUCACGGACACUGCUGCCUUCAAUUGCUGGGUUGGAGGUACCCACAUUGCCACCUUCAAGGUCAUUGUCACCAAGCCAAUGAACAAGAACAUCAAAACUUAUAUCUCUUAUGCCGGAUUCGGAAUCACAGUGCUCUUUGUCGUUCUGAUCGCCUUCAGCAUCUGUUUUAAAACGCCAACUAAGUCAGCCAGAUAA